AUGUGUCCUAUCGGUAGACCGGCAGAUGGUUGUGUCUGCUCGGGUGCUGCGGGGCGUUCGGGUGGUGUUAGUUUUACUCUGCUCCAUCUGCAGCUCGUGGUUUGUCCUGCGCACUGCUGCUUCAGGUCUUACUGCAGCUCGUGGUUUGUCCUGCACACUGCUGCUUCAGGUCUUUCUGCAGCUCGUGGUUUGUCCUGCACACUGCUGCUUCAGGUCUUUCUGCAGCUCGUGGUUUGUCCUGCGCACUGCUGCUUCAGGUCUUACUGCAGCUCGUGGUUUGUCCUGCACACUGCUGCUUCAGGUCUUUCUGCAGCUCGUGGUUUGUCCUGCACACUGCUGCUUCAGGUCUUUCUGCAGCUCGUGGUUUGUCCUGCGCACUGCUGCUUCAGGUCUUUCUGCAGCUCGUGGUUUGUCCUGCGCACUGCUGCUUCAGGUCUUUCUGCAGCUCGUGGUUUGUCCUGCGCACUGCUGCUUCAGGUCUUUCUGCAGCUCGUGGUUUGGCCUGCACACUGCUGCUUCAGGUCUUACUGCAGCUCGUGGUUUGUCCUGCGCACUGCUGCUUCAGGUCUUACUGCAGCUCGUGGUUUGUCCUGCGCACUGCUGCUUCAGGUCUUACUGCAGCUCGUGGUUUGUCCUGCGCACUGCUGCUUCAGGUCUUUCUGCAGCUCGUGGUUUGGCCUGCACACUGCUGCUUCAGGUCUUACUGCAGCUCGUGGUUUGUCCUGCGCACUGCUGCUUCAGGUCUUUCUGCAGCUCGUGGUUUGUCCUGCGCACUGCUGCUUCAGGUCUUUCUGCAGCUCGUGGUUUGUCCUGCGCACUGCUGCUUCAGGUCUUACUGCAGCUCGUGGUUUGUCCUGCGCACUGCUGCUUCAGGUCUUACUUUUGCUUUUUGUUUUGCAAGUUGGAAAAUCAGCACCAACCAACCAGUCGUGGCUGCAUGAGCGAGCCAGACGGCCAGCCAUCAUCUUGUCCCGCUGUCCAGCUCUCGGUACUUGUUAGAUGGACUUGUGUUGUGUCUUCUGGAGACACAACACAACACUUCUGGAGGCCGCGUUGUGAGGCAGCCGUCAGGCAGAGAGCAUUUUAAAACGGAUGCUCACAGGCAGAGCCAGACAAACAUGGAGGGUCACGCCACAGCCGCCAUAUUGGUCAGCUUCCUGUACGUCAGUGCUGGUUUCAGAAGGGCCGACAGGUUCAGUCUGCUGACGGCCUGUUACCGACUGUUGUUCAACUUCCUGUUUCCAAUAUUAAACUGUUCAAACCAC